UUGGUUAAAAGGGUUUGGUCUUUCUGUCAGCGCUUUGGUAGAGGUGCGACCAUGGCUGAGCCGGAGUCUCUGAGGUGCUCCAGCGUCAGGAACCGUGGAGGCGUUCAGAGAGUCGAAGGGAAACUUCGAGCCAGCGUAGAAAAAGGAGACUACUAUGAAGCGCACCAAAUGUACAGAACUUUAUUUUUUAGGUAUAUGUCACAGGGGAAACAUGCUGAAGCCAGACAGUUGAUGUACAAUGGGGCUCUUCUCUUCUUCAGCUAUAACCAGCAAAACAGUGCAGCUGAUCUCUCCAUGCUGGUGCUGGAGGUUUUGGAGAAGUCCGAUACAAAGGUAGAGGAUGAAAUAUUAGAAAACCUGGCCAAGCUGUUCAGCUUGAUGGACCCAAACUCUCCAGAGAGAGUUGCAUUUGUUUCCAGAGCCUUGAAAUGGUCCACAGGAGGAUCUGGCAAGUUAGGUCACCCAAAACUCCACCAGCUGCUUGCUGUCAUCUUAUGGAAAGAGCAAAAUUACAGUGAGUCUCGGUAUCAUUUCCUGCAUUCAUCCGAUGGGGAGGGCUGUGCUGAGAUGCUGGUGGAGUAUUCAUCGUCACGAGGCUAUCGCAGUGAGGUCGACAUGUUUGUGGUGCAAGCCGUCCUUCAGUUCCUUUGCCUAAAGAACAAAAACAGCGCUUCCGUGGUGUUCAGCACAUACACAGAGAAACACCCAUCCAUAGAGAAGGGCCCUCCGUUCGUCCAGCCUCUACUAAACUUUAUCUGGUUUCUGCUGCUGGCAGUGGAUGGGGGUAAAUUAACAGUUUUUACAGUGUUAUGUGAGCAAUAUCAACCUUCCCUGAAGAGGGAUCCCAUGUAUAAUGAGUAUCUUGACAGAAUAGGACAGCUUUUCUUUGGAGUCCCACCUAAACAGUCUCCAUCAUACGGUGGGCUGCUGGGAAAUCUGUUAAACAGCCUGAUGGGUUCUGGGGAAGAGGACGACGGUGCCGAAGAAGCCCACGAGGACAGCAGCCCCAUAGAACUGGACUGAGCCCACAGACCACAACGGGGAGAACAAACACUCUUGAGGAAAAAAAAAUCAAAAGAGGGAAGACCAUCCCGCCUCCAUGCUGCCCCUUAACAAACAAGGUCAAGUCGAGGCGCUGGUCCGUGUUUUCAAAGGCAGGCUGUUUGACAAACUGUCCCAUCAUCCCUACAGUUCAGUGCAAAACUAGAACGAGUGUCAUUCCAUCAAAACGUCCCCAUCAGCUCUCUCUGGACUGAGCAAACCAGACUGCAACUUCUCCUCCUGUUGAACCGUUGUACGAAUAUAGUUUAUCUUUAACCAUCUUGUUUUGUUUUUGGUAGUUUGGGACUCUUGUUUGCUGUUUAGGUGUGUAAGAUCAUCAGGUGAACUGUGCUCUCUCUGUCCAAUCCCGCUCCAAGGAGAUGGGAAUGAUUAGCAUCUACAUGGGGAGGAUGGCAUUACAAGUGCAACAAACCUGUUCAUUAUAAGGGUUUCAUGAGCUCACUACAAAUUUCAAAAUGUUUUGUCAGUCAGCCCCAGAGAGCUCUAUCAAACCAAGGUGUAGCUGCUGAUGACUUUUUUUCAUCAACUUUAUUCCAUUAUGUCUGUCCUGUCAGAUGUAAAUUAAAACACUUAUAGCCACA